CGCGCUUGGGCGCGUUUAGUCAACCUGGUGGCGCCGAAGAAACAACUGUUGGCGACGCCUGCGAGAGUCGGAGCCGCGAGAGCGUGUUGCAAAUUGUAUCGUAAAGGAAAGGGAAAAGAGAGAAGCGCGAUUCGGCCCGGUGACCGGCAGGAUAAUUCCGAGCGCGGUGUGCGUCUCGAUUUUCGCGGUGUGUUCGAGGCAAAUCGCGCGGGCGGGCGAAGCGCGCGUUUUGUGAAUCAAGCGGUCGAUCCUCCAGGUGAAACAGGUGGGACGCCAGGAUGGUGGCCAAAGACCCGAAGAUGGUGACCGCGAUGGAGCUGAUGAACCCGUACGAGAAACCACCGAGCAUGUCGGUCAGCCAGUCCAUGAAGACCUUUCUGUACAAUCGCGAGACCGGCGCGUUUAUGGGCAGGACCGCUAGUAGCUGGGGUAAAAUCGGACUAUUUUAUUUGAUAUUCUACGGCGUUCUUGCGGCGCUCGUUGCCAUUUGUUUCUGGGGAUUCUUUCAAACACUCGAUCCAAGGAUACCGAGGUGGCAACUCGAGAGAUCCAUUAUUGGAACAAAUCCAGGAUUGGGAUUCAGACCGAUGCCGCCGGAGGAGAAUGUGGAGAGCACUUUGAUUUGGUACAGAGGCACCGACAGCGAAAACUUCAAACACUGGGUUGAUUCACUACAAAGUUUCUUAAAAGAUUAUAUAACACCUGGGUCUGUUCUUGGUCUUGGCGCUAACAUUAACAAAUGCGAUUAUAAUGAGCCGCCGAGACCCGGAAAAGUUUGUGACGUUGAUGUGAAAAACUGGCACCCUUGUACCAAGGAGAACAGAUAUAACUAUCACAAAUCUGCUCCUUGCAUUUUUCUUAAGCUGAAUAAAAUUUAUGGUUGGAGGCCAGAAUUUUACAACGAUACUGAACAUUUACCGCAAAAGAUGCCACUCGAUCUCAAGGAACACAUCGCUAAUCUGAAAGUAAAUAACUCUUUGCAACUAAAUACAAUCUGGGUGUCCUGCGAAGGUGAAAAUCCUGCUGAUCAAGAAAACAUAGGACCAAUUAAUUAUUUGCCACGACGCGGUUUUCCUGGUUACUUUUAUCCUUAUGAAAAUUCUGAAGGUUAUUUGAGCCCGCUGGUUGCAGUGCACUUUGUCAGACCACGAACUGGAAUUCUGAUAAAUGUUGAAUGCAAAGCGUGGGCAAAAAAUAUUAAGCACAGUAAAACCGAUAAGAUUGGCGCGGUCCAUUUCGAACUGAUGAUAGAUUAACAAAAUCUAAAAACAGCCUUUGGCUUCCUAUGCAAGUCUCUUAAAAUGAAACGAGUGCCUUCGAGACAGCACUCGAGGUAGCCAUUGGGCAAAUCUUUAUCUACUAAAUAAUAAAAAUAUGAGCAAAUAUCUCUCUGAAGUCGACAUGCCGCCGACUCUCUGGACGAUGUUACUCAACAAAACGGAAAGAGGUCUUACAAUGGACAUUCCCGAAACUUUUUAUGGAUUAUACAUGAAAAACCACAAACUUCUGAGAGAUUGCAUAUGUGUAUGCUGAAUGAAGAUAUAUCGGCAAGGAUAACGACUGAGAAAGGGAGACGCUGAUAUUAAGAAUUAGAUCCUGCGCACAAUGAAGGAAUAUUAAAUAUUAGGAACAGGAAUUAGCAUUAGUUUCCUCAAUAAAUAUUAAGCAUUACGCACAAUGGACAUAUAAAGACGUAAUAAUAAGACGUAAGACAUAAAAGUGUCACAUAACAUAACUUAUUAUUUAUCUAUGGUAUAUUGAGGAAAAAUUCUAAAAUUUUAAUUCCUGUUAAUAAUAUCUAAUAGUCUUAAUAUCAAAUAUUUUUCUAUUGUGCGCAGGAUUCUAGAUAGAGCGAUUAUUGAGAGGCCUUCAUUACUAAAUAUCACUUUUUAGGAUCUUAAUUUCAUAUCAAAUCUGUUGUUUUAGAUUUGUCGUUUCGACAGUCUAUUCGUACCAAAUUUAUUUAAAAUAAACUUUAGAGAGUAUUUUUAGCACGCGUGAAAGAUAUUUUUUAUUCCUCUUACAAUUAAGCGAUCGUGUUAUAUCUGCUGUUUUGAUUUUGUCAAUUAAAUUAAUAAUUAGUAAUUUUUAGAAUUCUAAUAAUGUAAUAGUUCAAUCAUUUGCAAUUUUCGUAUAAAAUAAAAUUGUUUUUUUUUUGCGGGAAAAAAUUAAUAUAAAAAAGAUGUUAGUGUGUUCCAAAUGUUUGUAUUGCUAAUUUUGACUAUAAUUUGUCGGCAACUUAUUAUUUUGCAUAUAUAUUUUAUAUAAAGCCGUUGUUUGAUAUUUGAGUAUAAUUGCACGUUAAAGAAGUUUCUAUCACAAUUUUAACACGUAUUUGUGCAAUUGAAAAUUGAAAACAAAUGAAAAAAAAUGGAAUCUCAAAGAAUUUGUUACGCGUGCCUUUCGUUGCUCAUAAGCGUGAUUUAAUUCGCCAUUGGGCAAUUAACAAUUGAAAAAAUAGAGAAUGAGAAAAUACAAUAAUGGAAUCUCAAAGAAUUAUAAUCGUUUACACGUGCCUUCCUUUGCUCAUAAGAGCAAUUUAUAUAUAUAAAAAUCGACCAAUAUAAUAGCAUAUAAAAGAAUCUCAUUUGGAAUUAUUUAAUAUACUCAUAUACAUAUAAAUAUAUAUACACAUUAGCUGGAUAGACUUUUUUAUAAUCAGGCGUGCAAUUUUAAAGAUUUUUUUUUAAUAUUCAAAUGACACUAGAAAUUAGUACGUCCUCAGGUAAUAUUAUACUUUUUACCUUAUUGGAACGCGUCAGUAAUUUUGUCAAGUAGAAAUUAAGAAUCGCGAAAUAGUUAGUAAGCAUAUAAAUUUCUUAUAAAUAAGGAAUUUGAAGCUGAAAUGGCAAGUAUGUCAAGCAUGAUGAUAAUACAUAUUUAAGAUAUUUAAUAUCUGGUCUGUAUUUGUAAAUAUCAAAAAAUCUGAUAAAAUGUUAUGCAAAUUUAAACAAUUUUUUAUGUAAAUCAAUAAAUUAACGUUAUGUCUUAUA